AUGAAUGGCUUCCCAACUGCUCCCAGCAAGUCGAUACCAUUGUAUCAGCAUGAUCAACUACCUCCAUUCUCCUCAUCCAAGAGGCCAUCUUCUGAGCAGCAACAACAAAUGCCUUCGGAGUUACAGGAUGUCAUUUUCUAUUAUCAAUCACAACCUGAAUUGCUUCGUUUGAUCUUACAGAGCAAGUUGGAAGAAGAUAAACGUCGUGCUGAAGAAGCAAAGUUGCGUUCCAAAGAACUCGAUUUGAUCAUGCUACAACAAAAAACAACAGCUCCUCUUCCUUCAACAUCAGCGAACGACAACAAUGACGAUCCAAGAAUGAUGACCCCUACUACUACCUCUGCACGUCAUUCGAGUAUGGAUAUGGAUCCCAAUGCUUUCUCUACAGCUCGUCGUCCAUCCUUGUUACAUAUGACAUCUUCUUCACCCAUGCCACCCACAUCGACUGGUCCAACCGCAUUUACACCUGUUGUAAGCCAUGUUGAUGAACAACAUCAUUCACCCCAUGUUACCAACAACACCGUCGUAACGUCAUGUGCAUCAUCGUUAUCUUCAUCUUCGAUGCCUGCCACACCCAACACUGCUGGCAGUGGUAUAUUCCAACAACAACAACAACAACAGCCACCGAUUUAUUCAAUGGAAAAGACACCAACUGCUACUACGCUGUCACCAUUAAUGGAUGAUCAUGGCAUAUACACCUUACCCUCAGGUAACAAUAACCAUCACACGAAUACGCCACCACCACCAUCCUAUCAUCCUUUGCCAGCGAUCCGUCGAUAUGACCCUUAUUUUGCACCACAACAACGACCUCGACGACGUCGGGAGAUGCAGGCCAUCACCAAAAUUGUCGAAACUCGUGAAUACCCAUAUCUUGAUGGCUACUCGUGGAAGAACAAUGGCAACACUGUGCAGAAAAAAACAGGCAACAAGAGCGUCUAUUACAAAUGCUCAAACAGCAUCAGGGGGUGUCCUGUGAAUAAGACUGUAACAUGGAAAGGCAAUGACGAGUACCUUAUUAAAUACCGCGGUGAGCAUUUACCUGAUUGCAGCCGGGUACAGCAACAACAACAACACCAUGCAAGCCUACCCAUGUAA